GGGCUUCUUGGGUCUAUUCCCACAGCUUGGCUCCGCCAGUCCCGGGAGCCCUGCUGCUCUCUGCUUCCUUGGCUUGUGACUUGGGGUCCCACCAGCCCUGACUUCUGCACGUCGCUCUGGGACCCCCGUGGGCCCUUGCGGCUUCUGCCCGUCAGAUCUGGGCCACAGAACACCGAGGCGCGUCUUUCAUCACCGCAGCCCCUGAGCUUUCAGCUUUUCUAAAACAAGAUGCCGUCAGGCUUCCAACAGAUCGGCUCCGAAGAUGGAGAGCCUCCUCAGCAGCGAAUGACUGGGACCCUGGUCCUUGCUGUAUUCUCUGCUGUGCUUGGCUCCUUACAGUUUGGCUACAACAUUGGGGUCAUCAAUGCCCCACAGAAGGUGAUUGAACAGAGCUACAAUGAGACGUGGCUAGGGAGGCAGGGGCCUGAGGGACCCAGCUCCAUUCCAUCAGGCACCCUCACCACCCUCUGGGCUCUUUCCGUGGCCAUCUUUUCUGUGGGCGGCAUGAUUUCCUCCUUUCUCAUUGGCAUCAUCUCUCAGUGGCUUGGAAGGAAAAGGGCCAUGCUGGUCAACAACAUAGUGGCAGUACUGGGGGGCACCUUCAUGGCCCUGGCUAACGCUGCUGCCUCUUAUGAGAUGCUCAUUCUGGGACGUUUCCUCAUUGGUGCCUACUCAGGGCUGACCUCAGGGCUGGUGCCCAUGUAUGUGGGGGAGAUCGCCCCCACUCAUCUGCGGGGUGCCUUGGGGACCCUCAACCAACUGGCCAUCGUCACUGGCAUUCUGAUUGCCCAGGUGCUAGGCUUGGAUUCCCUGCUGGGUACUGCUACCCUAUGGCCACUGCUCCUGGGCCUCACAGUGCUACCAGCAGUCUUGCAGCUGGCCCUGCUGCCUUUCUGCCCUGAGAGCCCCCGAUACCUGUAUAUCAUCAGGAACCUGGAGGGGCCUGCCAGAAAGAGUCUGAAGCUCUUGACAGGCUGGGCUGAUGUGUCGGGAGCUCUGGCUGAACUGAAGGAUGAGAAGCGGAAGCUGGAGCGGGAGCGGCCUCUGUCUAUACCCCAGCUCCUGGGCAGCAGAACCCACCGGCAACCCCUGAUCAUUGCUGUUGUGCUGCAACUGAGCCAGCAGCUGUCUGGCAUCAAUGCUGUUUUCUAUUAUUCAACCAGCAUCUUCGAGACGGCAGGGGUAGGCCAGCCAGCCUAUGCCACCAUAGGAGCUGGUGUGGUAAACACAGUCUUCACCUUGGUCUCGGUGUUCUUGGUGGAGCGGGCAGGGCGCCGGACACUCCAUCUCCUUGGUCUGGCAGGCAUGUGUGGCUGUGCCAUCUUGAUGACUGUGGCUCUGCUCCUGCUGGAGCGAGUUCCAGCCAUGAGCUACGUCUCCAUUGUGGCCAUCUUUGGCUUUGUGGCAUUCUUUGAAAUUGGCCCUGGCCCCAUUCCCUGGUUCAUCGUAGCUGAGCUCUUCAGCCAGGGACCCCGCCCAGCAGCCAUGGCUGUAGCUGGUUUCUCCAAUUGGACCUGCAACUUCAUCAUUGGCAUGGGUUUCCAGUAUGUUGCGGAUGCUAUGGGGCCCUAUGUCUUCCUUCUAUUUGCGGGCCUUCUACUGGGCUUCUUCAUCUUCACCUUCUUAAGAGUACCUGAAACCCAAGGCCGGACGUUUGACCAGAUCUCUGCCACCUUCCACCGGACACCCUCUCUUUUAGAACAGGAAGUGAAACCCAGCACAGAACUUGAGUACUUAGGGCCAGAUGAGAAUGACUGAGGGGCAAGGCAGGGGUGGGAAAGCCAGCUUUCUCUGCCCCCCCUCAAAGAGACCCCCUCCUUUCCUCUGCAGCACUUUAACCUUCUCUUCCCCAUCACUGCCAGGAUGGAGAAAACCCCUGCAGCCUGGGGGGAGGGAAGGGUGGUCUGAGCACCCCCUCGCUCCCCUUGUGUGGAUAUUUAUGUGUUGGUUAGGCUGUGGCCAUCAGGGUGGGCUAUCAUUCCCUUCCCCACCCUUCCUAACAUAAUCCAGCCCUUUCUUCCCUACCCCUACCCAGAAUACUUUCUUCCCAUGCUAGAGAAGGGGGAUUGGAGGGAGGAGAGGCUAGACCGACUUUUUCAGUGGGACAAACUGAAGCAGAAAGCAGGAUGUGACUUUCCCACCACUUUGGACUCCUCCCACAACUUGGGACUUCACUGAAUUCUUGCCACAUGGACUCUGGGCAAAUGGGAUUGUCUUAACGCCUCCAGUGCAAAGGAAUCACCUCCUGUCACUGCAGGGUCAGCCUUGCAGGCUGAGAGGGAACAGGAAAAGUAUGUGCCCAUGUAUGGCAAGAGGAAGGGACAGCAAGUUCCCGCCUCUAGACUCAGGGUUGCGGGCCCUGCCCGGAUUGUCCCCCAAGCCUGCCAAGCAAGGGCUCCAGCUUUCUUCCUCUCCCUUCCUGGGAGAGUACUAUACCCAUAGGCAGGCUUUUGACCAACUAAGGAAAAGAGGGGACUUGAAAGACUGCCUUACAACACCGGGCUGGGAGGAGCCUUCAGAUAUUUUUGUAUAUAUGAAGAGGUAGAAAAGAAACCAAAGGUCUGUUGUACUGAAUGUGUAUAUAUAGAUACAUCUAUAAAGUCACUGUUUGAAGACGA